GAGUGACGGCCCCUGGGUCUCCCGGUGUCCCCGGGUGUGUCCCGGUGCAUCCCGGCGUGUCCCACCUGUCCUACGUGCUCCGCGGAACCCCCCGAAGGCUCCGGCCCCCGGGACCACCCUUGGCUUCCCCCGGAGCACCGGGACCUCCCGGAAGGCUCCGGACCAUCUGGGACCCCCGGAGCACCGUGACGCUGAAACCUCCCGCACUACUCAGACCUCGGGACCCCCCGGGACCCCUCGGAGCGCGGACCCCUCCCCCGGACCACUGGCAGCCUCUAAACCCCAGGACUCCCCGCAACACCCCGGGCCCUGCAGAGCACCGAGACCCCCGGGACCGCCAGGACCCCGCGGAGCACCGGGACCCCUCCGGCCCCCCCGGGCCGCCCCGGCCCCCCGCCCAUGUUCCGGCGGGACCAGCGCAGCCGCGCCACCGUGGCGCGGGGGUCGGCGCUGGACAUGGAGCUGCGCCGGGGCCGCUGCCGCCCCCCCGACCCGGCCCCGCAGGAGCCGGAGCUGCAGCGGGCGCUGGAGCGGGCACUGCGGGUGCGGGAGGGGGCCCGGAGGCUCCUCCCCGCCUGCAGCCGCCCCGAGCAGGCCCUGGAGACCACCAAGACCCUCGUGCUGUGCGAUGCCAGGGUGGUGGCGGCGGGGGGGGAGCUGCAGCGGCGCCAGGAGGCCCGGCUGAGGGGGGCCCGACGCCCCUCGGACGCCGGACCCGGGGCCGAGCGGGUGCCGUGCAGGGGCACCGUCUGCAUCUCAGACCUGCGCAUCCCGCUGAUGUGGAAGGACACCGAGUACUUCAGGAACAAGGGGGAGCUGCACCGCUGUGCCGUGUUCCUGCUGCUGCAGGUGGGGGCCGAGAUCCACGACACCCCCACGGUGCUGGUGGACAGGACCCUCACCGACAUCUGCUUCGAGGGAGCUGUGCUCUUCUCGGAGGCGGGCCCUGACUUUGAGCUGAAGGUGGAGCUGUACAGCGCGGGGCUGCCCGGAGGAGGGGCCCAGGGCAGCACCCCCAAAAAGCUGGCCACGCGUCUCAGCAUCCUGGGCCGCUCGGGCGGGCGCCGGGCACGGGCGGCCCUCGAGGGGGGGCUGGGCAGCCCCCCGGGCACCGCCGGCACCGGGGCCCUGCUGCUGCCCCCCCCCGGUGUCCCGUGCCCCCGGUUCCAGCUCCUGGCACACGCUGCCCUGUCCCUGGCCCAGGUGCACGACGGCUUCCGCACCCACGACCUCGUCAUCGCCGCCGACGAGCAGAGCCCCUGCUGGGUGCCCCUGUAUGGCCGCAUGUGCUGCCGCCUGGCCGCCAGACCCCGCUGUGUGGACACCCCUGCAGCGACCGGGCCCCUGCGGCUGCAGGUGCCGGGGGCUGAGGGGCCGAGCGAGCCCCCUCUGUUCUGUGUCCUGCGUGGCCCCGACCUGCUGUGCUACAGCAGCGCCCACGAGGCCGAGGCCGGGCAGGAGCCCACGCUCACCAUCGCCGUCACCAAGGACACGCGGGUGCGGGCGGAGCCGGGGGGGCGCGGGCAGCCCCCCGUGGUGGCUGUCACCAACCGGCUGGGCGGGGAGGAGGUGACCCACGCCCUGGUGGCCGAGAGCACGGCCGAGGCCCAGCGCUGGCUCGAGGCCUUCGAGCAGCACCUCUACGACUUGGGCCAGUGGAAGCAGUGCUGUGAAGAGCUGAUGCGGAUCGAGGAGCCCCCCCCACGCCGCCCCCCGGCCCCGCUGCCCCCCCAGGGCUCCCUCUACCACCAAACGGCCCCGCCGGGCCCCCCCGGCUCCCCCCCGGGCGAGGGGCUCCUGCUGCAGGAGAACGUCUCAGCCGAGAUCCGGGCGCUGCUCAGCUCCUACUACAGCGACAGGUGAUGGGGGGCACGGGGGGCAGAGACCCCCCCACCACAGCACCCCGGGGGAUGGCAAAGAGACCCCCGGGACUCCCCCCCCAGCCCACGGGGGCCUUGGGGCAGCACUGGGAGGGCCCCCGAGAACCCCAAAACCUGUGGGGGCUGUGGGGCAGCACUGGGGGGGUGAGGGAGUGACUGUAGGACCCUGAGACACCCCCCCACCUGGGGGGGCCAUGGCAGGGGCAAAAUGGGGCAUCUGGGGGAACCCCUGACCCAUCCCCCCCACCUAUGAGGGCCAUGGGGCACCUCUGGGGAACUGAGGGGAGCUGGGAUAACGGGGGGACCAUUCGCAGCCCCCACCCCACGGGGCUCCAGGAGGGGUCUGGGGGCGCUGCUGACCCCCCUUUGCCCCCCCAGCUAUUGACCCCUCGGAUGACAUCGCGGCGGUGACCGACAUCCUGACGCGGCACCGGGGGGGCCCCCGAUCGCCGGGGCCGCCCCCGUGGCUGUCGCUGUUCGAGGGGCCCCCCCUGCGCAGCCCCAGCCCCCCCCGGCGGGGC